UAUCCUCACUGAGCAUUUAAUUUCCUUCUUGACAUAGCUUUGCUGUCAUGGAGGGUGUAUCAGUAUCAAGAACUUCCAUUUCUCGAAGAUUUUCAUAUCUUCAUUUGACACUGUAACGCCCAUAUAUAUGUACCUCACCUGAAACCUCAAUCCUCUCACCCCGGUUGUUUCUCACCAGCAAAGUUUUGUUUAUUUUUUUUUUCCCCGGGCAAUCUGAUUUUCAUUGUCCAGCAUAAUGCUUUCGAGAUCUUGCAUAGACCUAUUGAGUUUGGUUUCCGUCGAUGAUUAUCGAGCACUGUAUCAGAUUCCGAGAGUCUCAACGGUGCCGGGAGUGGUGUCAAAAUUUGAGGCCGCCGAAGACGACCACGCCGAUUACGGGUCCGGAUUCGACGGCAUCGUUUCGUCCUUACCGCAGGAGCGCAGGAUCAUAGUGGCGAACCAGUUGCCGAUACGGGCUUCUCGGGAUGUGAGCACCAAGAAAUGGAGUUUCGAAUUCGAUAGUGAUAGUUUGGUGCUGCAGCUCAAAGACGGGUUACCCUCCGACGUCGACGUUUUGUACGUUGGCUCCUUGAAGGACGAGAUCGACCCGUCGGAACAAGACGAAGUGGCGCAGGUUUUGCUCGAGAAGUUUCGGUGCGUGCCAACCUUCUUGCCCUCUGAAAUUCACAAUAAGUACUACCAUGGCUUCUGCAAGCAUUAUCUCUGGCCUCUGUUUCAUUACAUGGUGCCCAUGUCGACGAGCCAAGGUGCGCGUUUCGAUCGCUCGCAGUGGCAAGCUUAUGUUUUGGCCAACAGAAUCUUCGCUAACAAGGUAACGGAGGUGAUCAACCCGGACGAGGAUUUUGUUUGGGUCCAUGAUUAUCAUCUCAUGAUCUUGCCUACACUACUGAGGAAACGGUUCCACCGCGUUAAGCUUGGAUUCUUUAUGCACAACACAUUCCCGUCUUCAGAAAUCUAUAGAACUAUACCUGUUCGUGAUGAUCUCCUUCGGGCCUUGUUGAAUUGUGAUUUAAUUGGAUUCCAUACCUUUGAUUACGCCAGACAUUUCUUGUCCUGUUGUAGCCGGAUGUUCGGUUUGGAUUAUGAGUCUAAGAGGGGUUACAUGGGACUAGAUUAUUACGGUCGAACCGUGAUGAUUAAGAUCCUGCCGGCCGGAAUCCACAUGGGUCAGCUCGAAUCGGUGUUUUCGUUGUCGGAGACGGCUGAAAAGAUUAAGGAAUUGAAGAAACGAUUUGAGGGGAAAUUUGUGAUUCUGGGUGUGGACGACAUGGAUUUGUUCAAAGGUAUCAACUUUAAGUUUUUAGCAAUGGGGCAACUCUUGGAUAUACACGAGGAGCUAAGGGGUCGAGUUGUUUUAGUCCAGAUUCUGAAUCCUGCUAGGAGCGAAGGUAAAGACAUUCAGGAUGUGCAAAAAGAGACCAAUGCGAUUGCCAAGGAAGUCAAUGAGAAAUACGGCGAGCCAGGUUACCAGCCAAUCAUCUUCAUCAAUGGUCCUGUUUCAACACUCGAGAAAGCUGCCUACUGUGCCAUUUCUGACUGCUGCGUUGUGAAUGCCGUGAGAGAUGGGAUGAACUUGGUGCCUUAUAUGUACACUGUUUGCAGACAGGGCAGCCCGGCGUUGGACAAAUCACUUGAAGAAGAUGACGACAAGGAUUCUAAAAAACCCAAAGAGAGUGUUAUCAUCGUCUCUGAAUUCAUCGGAUGCUCGCCGUCUCUGAGCGGUGCGAUCCGAGUGAACCCGUGGAACGUCGAUGAGGUCUCUGAGGCCAUGAAUUUGGCGAUCACAUUGCCAGAGGCAGAGAAGAAUUUACGUCAUGAAAAGCAUUAUAAGUAUAUCAGCUCUCACGAUGUAACUUAUUGGGCUCGAAGUUUUGAUCGAGACUUGGAGAGAGCAUGCAGAGAACAUUACCUCAAGAGGUAUUGGGGCGUUGGUCUUGGCUUGGGAUUCAGAAUUGUGGCUUUGGAUCCGACAUUCAGGAAGCUUUCAGUGGAUAACAUUGCAUCAGCUUAUAAAAACACACACAGUCGUUUGAUCCUUCUGGACUAUGAUGGUACCAUGUUGCCGCAGUCAUCCAUGGACAAGACUCCAAGCAACGAGGUUAUUUCUGUCUUGAAUUGUCUGUGCAGUGAUCCCAACAACACAGUGUUCAUUGUGAGUGGAAGAGAUAAGAAGUGCCUAAGCAAGUGGUUUUCUCCAUGUGAGAAGCUUGGUCUCUCAGCUGAGCAUGGUUACUUCACCAGGUGGAGUAAGGAUUCUACUUGGGAGACAUGUGGGUUGACAAUGGACUUUGAUUGGAAAAAGAUUGCGGAACCAGUCAUGGCUCUUUACACAGAAGCAACCGAUGGGUCUUUCAUUGAACAAAAGGAAAGCGCACUGGUUUGGCAUCAUCAAGAAGCUGACCCUCACUUUGGAUCAUCCCAAGCCAAAGAGCUUCUUGAUCACCUCGAGAGUGUUCUUGCUAAUGAACCAGUCAUUGUUAAAAGAGGGCAACAUAUCGUGGAAGUAAAUCCUCAGGGUGUGAGCAAAGGCAUAGUGGUGGAAAACCUCAUCUCAAGAAUGAGGAAAGAAGGAAAGUCUCUGGAUUUUCUGUUAUGUAUAGGAGAUGAUCGCUCAGAUGAAGACAUGUUUGAGAGGAUUGCUUGCACAGUCUCUAAUAACCCAACCCUACCGGCCACAGCUCAAGUCUUUGCCUGCACAGUUGGUCAGAAACCAAGCAUGGCAGAAUAUUACUUGGAUGAUACUUGUGAAGUCAUCAAGUUGCUCAAAGGACUUGCUAAUACUUCAGCAGCAGCACCCUCAAGGUCUCUGCAUUCUCAGGAAUCUUCCCAGGGGUCUCUUAUAGAAAAAAUUAGAAACUGAUGAUGAUGAUGAUGCUAAAGGACAAUCUUUUGUACAGAUAUUGAUGAUGCUUACUUUCCAUAGGCUCAUUGGAAAAGUUCAAUACAAAGGGGGAAAAAAAACAACCCACAGGUCAGAGGAAUCUGUUCUACAUACAACUGGCGGCAAAUCUUUUUAUCAUGACAGAAAUUGAAGUUCAUUCUCUGUGCAAAGAAAACAUUCCUCAAUAAAAGCAGUAUCUGCAUCAGUUCUUGUGCACAUGUUCUCUUUCUGUUUCAUGUUUCAUUUUUGAACUGUUACUAAUUAAUCAUCAAUGUCCAUACAAGAUCAAGCAAAAAAUAGAAUAUAAAUCAGCCACUAGUCAAAUUAAGUGGGUGAAUGUUUCAAUGUUUCCAACA